UAGGGGAGGAGAGCGGGAAUGGAGUUGGAAGGCAAUGGCAGGUGAGUGGCAGAUGGCGGCAAACAAAGAGAGGAGGUGGAACGAGGUGGGAAGAGAGGAGUGUCAAGAUUGGAGGCAACUGCUCCAGGGAGAUAAAGCAGGAACACAAAGCGCUACCGCUGCUGGGCUCUGAUAAGGAAAAGAGCUCCUAACUCCCGCCCGACACAACACAAGCAGCUUCUAUCAGCGUCGCCGUCGGUCCGCUCGCCCGUCCACCCACACACCCACCGGUCUCCGCCCUGCCCGCGGCGGCGGGAGGCUGAGGAUCGCGGCGGGAGCCGGUCGGGGGAAAGGGAUGAGGUGUGCUAGCUGCUGGCCAUCGCUCAGCCGCCUGCCACGCCAUGAAGUCGCCUUUGCUCGGACGCCUGUGCCUGGUCCUGCCCUGGGUGAUGAUGCUGCUGCUGGUGGCGGACAUUGAUUCUGGAAGACGGUCGCUGCGAGGUUCGGGGCGCCGCCGAGAGAACGGGCAACCUGCAGUCAGCAACGCCUCGCUGCCCACCAUCUAUGCCAUCACUCCCACCUAUAGCCGGCCGGUGCAGAAAGCCGAGCUGACGCGGCUGGCCAACACCUUCCGCCAGCUGGAGCACUUCAACUGGGUGCUGGUGGAGGACGCACCCUUCCGCAGCCGCCUGGUCGCCGACCUGCUCGCCAACUCCGGGGUGCACUCUUACACCCAGCUGCAUGUCCCCACCCCGCGCAGGUACAAGCGGGCCGGCAUGCCGCGGGCCACCGAGCAGCGGAAUGAGGGGCUGCGCUGGCUCCGCAAGAAUCUGUCCCCGCAAAACUCCGGUGUGGUCUUCUUCGCUGACGAUGACAACACCUACAGCCUCGAACUCUUCCAGGAGAUGCGUUACACCAAAAAGGUGGCUGUCUGGCCGGUGGGAUUGGCUGGGGGCCGUCGGUAUGAGCGGCCACUUGUGGAACAAGGCCACGUGGUGGGCUGGUAUACAGGCUGGAGACCAGACAGACCCUUCGCCAUCGAUAUGGCAGGAUUUGCUGUGAAUUUGAAAGUUAUUUUAUCAAAUCCUAAAGCCGUCUUCAGACGAGGUGGAUCACAGCCUGGCAUGCAGGAAUCAGACUUUCUGAAACAAAUCACAACUGUCCAAGAACUUGAGCCAAAAGCUGCUAACUGCACUAAGGUGCUUGUUUGGCAUACACGGACUGAAAAGGCCAACCUUUCUUUUGAGCCGAAGCAAAACCAGGAUGUAAUUCACAUUGAAGUAUAGAAUCCAGGCAGCACAAACACCUUGGUAUACCUUCAGCUAAAUCUGUUUGCACUAACAAUCUGUUAGUUUGUUAAAUAUUCACUUGGGACACUUUUUAAGAGAAAACAGUUCACAACAUCUAUUUUAAAGUUUUCAAAGCUGUGUCUUUGCAUGUUUGUAGUACAGUGCUCAUUUCAAUAAAUGGUGUACCACAAACAAAUGAAGCCUCUUUUACACAUGUAGUUAAACAUUUUAUAUCCGCAUGUCCAAUUUACAGAGAUUAUAGUGGGGCAGCUAUGCUGCAUCACAGCUCUAAGGAUGAGUUUGAUUCACAUAACCAGUGUGCGUAGAGUUUCCACCUUCUUGUGAUCUUAGUUCCGCCUGGCUCCUUUGGCUUCCUCCCACAACCCCAACGACAUGCAGUUUGGUAGCCACUGUAACUUACCCCUGGAGGAGCUGACAAAUAUGGUGAGAACAGAGAACCACUGAGAGCUAGCAUGGCCUUGCUAGACAUUAAGCUGAAUUGCCACUUUCAAUGUCAUAAGUAAAUGCCUACAUCCACCCUUCUUUAAUGCAAAC